CCUAGUCCUCAAUACAGCGUGGGUAGGUUGAAAAGUUUGUUUUCGGUUUCAUCCAGAAUCGCACUGUCUCUAUCGUAUUUUAUAUUAGAGGAGUGUCUUUUCACAAGAUGACAGAAGAAACUGUGGUAGAGGAAAUCAAUUACGAGGAACAAUAUGGGUAUGUUAAUGAGAGUUCUGUUUAGUUCAGGUUAGUGUAUUUCAUCAACCUUUGUGAACCAAAUCCACAUCCUGGACAAUUCAUUGUGAUUACUAGACUAGUAAUCUCUUGUUGUGUAUCUCUCACACCACGCUUUGAUAUUUCCCAUGGAAGCUAAUUUUUCCUAGCUGUAUAUACAUUUGUGAUUAGACUUGUUUCUUACCGCCUUUUUAGGGUGCUUGUCGAAGAGAAUAAAAAGUUGAAGAUUGAUAUUUCAAGUUUGCAGUUAAGCAAUCGAAGUCUUGUCAAUCAGAAUAGGGAUGAGAAAAAAAAGGUUAUGGAUUGCCGUUUGCAGAUUGCUGACUUAGAAGGGCGUCUUAAGGCGUUCGAUGCCACAAAGCAGGAAUUAGCCGAUUCACAAGGACAAUGUGAACGCGUACGUAUGACAUUAGAAAGUUGUGAAGCUAAAUUAGCUGAUGCUGAAAGGCGUGCAGAUGAAGCAUCCGGUUUAAUAAAGAUCAAGGAUAGCAUUAUUGUAAAACAAAGUAAUUUCACGAAGGAAAUUGAAGAACGCUUGAGAAAUAUCACGGAGGAACGAGAUAAUUUGUUACAUAAAACCUCUAAUCUAGAGACGGAAUUAAAUAUAGCUAUUGUUAGAGGUGAAGAUGCUGAUGACUUAAAAGAACGAUUGAAGGCGCUACAGGAACUUUUUGAUAAUUUGGUCAAUGAUCGUUCUGAAACAACUAGUGAGAGUGGAUUAGCUGCUGCUAACGAGUAUUUCAAAUCCGAACAGGCUAAAUCCGAAAAUCGUAUUGCGGAACUUAAAGAAGUUAAAAGCGGAUUGGAGCAGAAGAUUGAAGAAUUAUGUUGUGAUAAAAAGCAACUGCAAAUGCAGUUGGAACAACAACUAGAUGAAUAUGAGAAGCUGGGUGAGAAAUGCGCAACUCUGGAAGCACGUAUCAAGGAAAUGGCACAUUCUGAAAGAAGAUAUGGUGGUGGUAUGCUUGGUGGUCGUCUGAUUGGACCCACUUUGCCUCCAUGGAUCGCUGAUGACAAAAAGCUGGAAAACGAUUUAGAACGACUUUCGAAGACUGAUCCUGCCACUCUGCGUGCUAAGGUGAUGGAACUAGAGAGCCAAGUCAACGAGCUUAAUCAACUUCUGACUUAUCGGGAAGACGUAAUCCUCCGUAUUCAUGAGGAAAUAUCGAAAAAGGCUUCAAAACUCGAAGCCGCCGAUGUUGAACGUUCAAGUCUUACAGCUCAAAUCAGUAUACUGAAACGUGAGUUGGCAACUGCUCGUGAAGACUUAGCUCGUCGAGGAGUAGGUCCUAUUGAAUUAGAAGCCGAAAUUGAACGUUUACGAAGUAAACGAGAUCGAGAAUAUCAACGACGCAAGCGAACUGAGACCGAUUUGGAGAACAUGGAAAAAGAAAACCAAGAGCUGAAACAAAGAAUCAAGCGGCUAGAAGAAGCAGCCAUAGCUACUCCUCCUAAACCAAUGAUUCCUCAAAGUGAUCCUUCUGACAGAAAUAAAAUCAUUGAGCUACAAGGCGCUGUUAAUCAACUUCGAAUGGACAAUGAAGCUAAGCGAUCGGAGCUAUUCGACCUGCGAUCACGAUUUGAUGCUAAAUCUGCACAGGUUGAUAAAAUGUCUGCCGAGUUCAAAACAAAAGAACGCCUUUGUUCCGAGCUCACAACUCAACUUUCAAAUACACGUGGUCAGCUGGAAAAUACUAUAAAAGAGCUGGAAUCAGUCCGAUGCAGAGCUGUGCGCGGUGGCGCAGAAGUUGAACGUUGGCAUUCAGACCUAACAAGUUUGCAAACUACCAAUAAAUUCCUUUCUUCACAGUUAAACGAUUUGAGAAACAAAGUAAUUGCGAAAGACAAAAUGAUUGUCGAACUAGGCAAACGUUGUGAAAGUAUUCUAGAUAGUCAUCCCAAUAAAGCUAACGAAGAGCCGAUCGUUAACGGAGAUAAAGCUGUAUGUUCGCGUUGUCAAGAGCAUCUAUCUACUGAAGACAAUCAACAGUCUAAUGAACUGGAUAUAAUUUCUCAGCUUAAAGCUAAACUGUCUUCAAUGGAGGACCGUUGUAAAACCCUAAUGGCUGAAGCAGUUCAAACCCAACAAGCAAAUGAGAAUUUAAAAUCUCAGUUGGAGUCAGAACUUGCUAAUGCCCAACAAUCUGUACAAAAGUUGUCCGAAGAAGUUGCCCGAGAAAAAGAGACAGCAUACAAUUCAACCUCUCGCGUCCAAGAACUCACUGCUCAAGUAAAUCAGUUAGAAACAGAUCUUUCUCAAACCAGAAUGCAACUACUAGAAGCUCAGUCAGAUCAUCAAAAAGAAAACGAUAUUAAUGCAUCAGCUGUCGCACCUCCUGCCAAACGAACUAGGCGAAGUACCAAUGCUGUGAAUAAUAAUGUCAAGGCGAAUUCAAAGAAUAAUCAGGAUCAUUCAUCCGGUGGGCGUCAUUGACAUACACAUUACAAUGGUUCCAUUUAAUAUUCCAAUUAUAUUAACCAACAUCCAGGGUUGUUUCAUCUCAACUAAUUAAUGAUUUCAUGUCCAGUCAAAGAAAUCCUACAAGACAAAUCGAUUCUCCCCGGAUAUCUUAUUAGUUUUGUUAUGAAUUUUCAUUAUUUCUAAACUAUUCGUGUUCUAUUAAUUUCUUCUCUUAACUCUGAUAUCUAUAUUCUACAUAUGUACACAUUGAGAACUUUUUAUUGAAGUUGCAUUUUCUCCGCUCUAUAUAUAAAUAAAUAAGGCGGUCUUUUGUUUUUCUUUAUUUUAAAAAAAUAAAUUAUGGAAAUUUGUUAUAUUUUUGCCUUUUUUUUAAACAUGUUCAUUAAAUAACGGUUUGUUUAGUUUGAUGAUGAUACUUUAAAAGAGAGAAUAAUGUACAAUGAAUGUUAUCUUUAUUGUAUGUAUCUAAAUCUCUUGUAAGUAUAAAUUAAUAUGAUGUAUUUAUGAAUUAAGAAAUCUACUUAUUUUACUUCUUUGAAAAAAGAGCUAACAGUCAUAUUCUAAAAUACUAAAGAUUUAAAGAAAAGUAUUCGUAUUCUAUCGAUGACCGCCUACCAUGGGACUGCAUCUCCUCACGAUGCUCCACUGCCUUGUGGACUAGACCUUUAGGUCAAAGGCUCCGGGUAUGGCCCCCUAAGAAAACCACCUGCUUCAGUUUGGGCACCUGGAAAGUAUCACAACCCUCACACAAAUCGAAUGAGAUUUGUGUGGAGCAUAUUUAUCUGGUGCUUCUUUGUACCAAUAUUUAUGUGUUUAAAUAAAUAAUAUAAUAAUCGAUGACUCUAAAGAAUGGAAGUUUAAUCACUGUUCAUGCUGAAUAUAACGAUUAGAAAAUAAAAAUAAUAUCAGUUAUAUUUCUAUUGAUAAUUAGGAAGUUAUCGAAGAUGAGUAGUUUGUUGUGAACAAAACUAAUUAGAAAAAUAUUGUCAUUUAUUUCUUUAUGUACCAAAAUUAUUAGGAAGUAAAGUUUUGGGUUCAAACUGUGAGUUUAGGGUAGUUUCCCUAUAAUCAUUGAAAUAAAUAAUAUACAACUUCACAAACUUCUGGCAAAUUGUUUUUUAGUCCCUCUGCUAAUGAUUAAUUUUCAAACAGAACUUCAAUGUGAACACAUCGUCGGUGCGUUUUUAUCCUAAUACAGGUAGAUUUUCGUUUUCAGGCUUAAUUGUCCUUCUGGAUAACAUUUACACAAACUUCAGAAUUAAGUGAGCUGUUCGAAUUUCUGCUCAUCAUUGUCGACCUUGAUUUGUUAUUUCUGGCGGUUGUCUUGUCUCCGUCUUCAGAAUUCCGAAUAGCUUCUAUUUAAAUUUCGUACUGAUGGUCAGAAGAUCAAUAAAAGCUAUGAAAUCAAACCAACGAGUUUAAUGAACUAUAAAAUUUUUACUAAUCAAACUCGUAAAUAAGGUGGUUCAUGCAUAUAAACUGAUAUUUUCCAAAACUAGUAAAAUCAGAAAUUAGACCCACUUUUAAAACUUGUUUUAAAGUUCGAUAAGUAUUGUUAAUUGAAGAGAUACCACUUGACAGUGUUCGAAGUCAGGGAAACACAUUGAACCCAAGCUGAAGAGAAAAGAAUAGCUUCAGAAGAGACGCUGCAGAACUCUGGUCACGAAGAAGAAAAUGCUCCACACACAGGGAGUUGCUCUGAUUCUGUCCUAAGAAGCAUGAAAUGCACUCUUACUUACGCCUGUUACCCCCCGUCGAGGAGCGUAGGCCGCUCACCAGCAUUCUCCA